AUGAAGAUUAAAGACAUAAUCAAAGCAAAUGUGGGGCCUAAUGGCACAAUGGAAGUUAAAAAAUUAAUAACUGUAAUAAACGAAGUAGCAAGAGGGCUCGGCAUGGUCCCCUUAGAUAUCACCAAAGUGGAAGAACUAAAAAUAAAAUUUGAAUUUUCAAUAGACAUGGUUAAAAUCUACACCAUAUCGUUUGUAACAGAUGUAGAUGAGGAAGAAUUGAUGUUGGUUGAAGACAUAGUUAGAAAAACUGUGGGGCCUAAUCGCAUAAACAGUAAUACAUUAGAAGCUGUAGCUAUCGAAGUAGCAAAGCGAACCGGCUUAUCAGUAACGUCGAGCUAUAUGUUUGUACUUCAAAAGACACUCGCUCAAAAUCCAAACCAUUUAUUUACAUUCGACGAAGUUAAUAGCAUCUGCCUAGCGUUUGUAACAGGAGUAGAUAAGGAAAUAUUGGUGUCGACUAAAGAGAUAGUCACAGCAAAUGUGGGGCCAGAUGGUAUAGUCACUAAUAAGUUAGAAGCUUUACUUACUGAAGUAGCAAAGCGAACCGGCUUAUCAGAAGAGUCCUCCGGUGUUUUUGUACUGCAAAGGAAACUCAAUGUACAACCAGACCGUAUAUUUGCAUUGGACGAAGUUAUUACCCUCUCCCUAGAGUUUGUAACAGGAGCAGAUGAGGAAAAAAUGAUGUUGGUUAAAGACAUAGUCACAGAAAUUGUGGGGCAUGAUUUCAUAAACCUUGGUAAAUUAAAAUAUGUACUUACCCUAGUAGCCACCGAAACCAGAUUAUCAGAAAACUUCCCAGAUAUUUUUAUAAGGAAAAGGAAACUCGAUCUUGAACCAAAUCGUAUAUUUACAUUGAAUGAGGUUUAUGACCUUGCCCUAAUGUUUGUAACAAGAGCAGAUGAGAAAGAAAUGGAAACGAUUAAUAACAUGACCUUGAAGUACGGAAAUUUGAAUGGCCGUAAUACCUAUGAUGAUUUGAUACAUGUAAUUGACGGAUUAAAGCAGGAAAUGAAUAAAAGCAAUAGAUUAUUCCCGACUUAUGAAGAAUUUCGAGCAAGACUAUUCCGCUCUUUUCUGAAAGGCAGACUCACUGUGAACCAAAUAGAAAAAACCCUCCUUGAAAACAUACACAGUAUAAAAAAAAAUUAA